AUGAUUGAAUCUCAGAGGCACUCUUAUCAUUUGGUAGAUCCAAGUCCAUGGCCUAUUUCGGGUUCACUCGGAGCUUUGGCAACCACCGUAGGAGGUGUGAUGUACAUGCACUCAUUUCAAGGGGGUGCAACACUUCUCAGUUUGGGCCUAAUCUUUAUCCUAUAUACCAUGUUCGUAUGGUGGCGCGAUGUUCUACGUGAAUCCACAUUGGAAGGACAUCAUACCAAAGUCGUACAAUUAGGACCUCGAUAUGGGUUUAUUCUGUUUAUCGUUUCGGAGGUUAUGUUCCUUUUUGCUCUUUUUCGGGCGUCUUCUCAUUCUUCUUUGGCACCUACGGUAGAGAUCAGAGGUACUCUUUUCUCGAUCAUAUGUGGUAUUCGCCAAUAUCUUGGUCAUCUGACCAAGGAGCAUCACGUUGGCUUUGAAGCAGCUGCAUGGUACUGGCAUUUUGUAGACGUGGUUCGGUUAUUCCCAUUUGUCUCUAUCUAUUGGUGGGGAGAAGAACCUAAUGGAUCGAACUCAUCCUUGGCUGCUACGAAAGCAAAUAGGCCUUGCGUUGCGGAAGGAACGUUCUGCUCUGAGUUGAAGGCAAGAGCUCCUUCCCUCCCUUCCUUAUCGACAUUAGCUGCAACAAUUCGGGUGGCUUCGGAAUACCUCCGUAAGCGGGAUGAAGAACACUGUUUUAGAUACAGUGAUGUGAAUCAAAAUACCGACUUCCGUACUAGCCUGACCACCUGUUUUGAGAACAAUUCUGACCCGAAAAGUGAGCCCCGAAAACUGUCAACCUAUGACCAACUCAAAAUUAGAGUAGCUGAUAGAGUAGAAGGUGGGAUUCUAUAUUCUAUAGCCUAUGCGCCUGCUUCUGAUGAGAUAGAAGUAGGCUCCCGGUGCGUCUUCCUUCGGUCGGCUUGUCAUCGAAGGAUGUUAGCCAAAUCAGAAGAACUAUAG